AUGACAUUGGAGGAAAAAUCUCAGGACAAAACAAACCCACCUGAUUUUGAACUUUCCAGAGAUGAGGAAGAUCAGCUGGAGAAGGUUACAAUUGCACCUGAGAAUAACAAUUCCAAGUGCAUUUCAAUUUUUUGCUCUGCAUGUCAACAAACAAUAUAUCCAUACCACAUUCUUCAUCAUAAAAAAAACCACAAAGCCCUAACUUUGCUGGGCUUUGAUAGCCCACAAAUAAAGACUGACAACAAAAUACUUUUGGCUCAGAGACAGAAACUGAUUUCAAAAUUGACCAAGAUUCCUAAAUAUUCUGAGACACAUAAGCAGAAGAUUGAUUAUUCAUUUGAAUUCCUUAUGGACAAUCAUACUCCGACAUCAUAUUGUGAUCUUGCUAAUAUUAACAAUCCUAGUACUCUUAAGAAAGUAAAUAAUUCCUUAAUAAAAGCAUUAUCAAUUUGCCAAGAUAAAAAUUCCACAUGGCAGGGACACAUGGAAGACAGAUUUAUUGUGCUCGACAACUAUGGAAAUAGGUCAGAUACAUGUUUUCUGGGGUUAGUUGAUGGCUCUCAUGGUGUGACAGCUGCAGAAACAGUUGCAGCAGAGCUUCCACUUUUAUUUCUUGACCAGCUUGCUCAAACGGAUUCCUCCUACAAAAAGAGUGAGGAUGAACAGCAAAUUCUAGAUUCUUUUGCCACAGUAAUCAAGGCAGAUUACAGGGAAAAAGAGAAGAUUUUCUGUGAUAAACCAGGCAAUGACAAGACCAACAAGACCAAUACUUACGAAUGGAUUCACAAAGCGUAUGCCAAGUCCUUUUGGAGAAUGGAUAGACUUUUACGACUGGGAAGGAAUGAGGUUUCCAAAGUUCGCUGGAGUGGCUGUUCAGUGGUUACCUGUUUGGUGGAAAGAAUCCACAGUGAAGAGGCAGAUGGCAUUGAGGAAGAAGAACGAAAACAUUCUAGAAACACCACGCAUAGUCCAUUAGCCAGGACAGCCAAAGGUGUUGCUGGGUUACUACACAUCGCUAAUAUAGGUAAUGCACAUGCAGUCUUAUGUAAAAACGGAAAAACUCACUGCCUCUCAAAAGAGCACAGCACUUCUAAUGUAAGCGAGAGAAAACGCAUACUUCAGAAUGGUGGACACAUCAGCACUAAUGAACCGGAUGGAUUAGUAGAGGGGUACCUGAGAACUACAAGGGGUCUUGGACAUCAUGGAGAUCCAGUACUGAAAAGAUCUGUUAUACCUGUACCUCAUACUAUAUCUGUCCCCAUUGAUGAUACUUGUCAGUUUCUUAUUUUAGCUUCUAAUGGACUUUGGGAGGUUUUGGAUUACAAUGAAGUACUUGCAUUAACUCUAACAACAUUCACUCAUUAUUUGAGAAUGUACGAAUGUGUUCAACAAAACGGGACUUCUCUGUGUAAGUGUCAGUAUUUGAUGCCCCUCACUGAAGACAACUUAAAUGACUCAAAGGCUACUAAAGAUCUGCAAGAUGGAAUAGAGAUACUGUAUUCCAAUAAAGACAUUUUUCUCACUGACUCAAAAGGCAACCUGAAACAAAAUAAGCCAAAAUGUUCUAGGAGGAAUUAUUUGCAAAGUGAAGAUGGAGUUCCUAAGGAAACUGAUGACCACAAAAAUCAAGCUGAUCCAGGACUGUCUCUUUUCACUAACAAUGAAGUAAAAUCACAGUACAGAGAUAUAAAACAGGCCGAUUCUAGCACACAAAGUGGCUCUGAAGAACUGAAACAGUUUGAGGACAGAAAAGUUUAUCUAUGUAACAAUCUUCAGCCACAGCCACAGACUGCAGAGCAAGAAGAAACAGACACUGGUAAUUUCUGUGCGACAGGUCCAAGUCACACCCAUAAACAGCUGCGAGAGAAUGUACUGGCAAUAGGGUCUAAAGACAUGAAACAGCCCCCAAAAGAUACAAAAGCAUGCCUAUCUAAUUAUGACUCAGGUCCACAACUGGCAGAAAAAAUGGACUCCAAGAUAUUUUGUGACAAACCUGCAAGUUACGCUGGUCAAGAACUGCUAAAGACUGUAUCACCAGUGGGUUCUAAACCACCACCACUGUUUGAAGAGGAUACAAAAACAUACCCGUCCAAUUGCGAAUCACGAACUGCAGGAAGAGGCAGAGUCACCUCUGAGACACUCUACAACAAUGCAGCAAGCUACAUUAGUGAACAACUGGUAAAGACUGCAUUAGCUGCCGGUUCAAGAGACAAUAUUACUAUUUUGAUUGUACUUCUAAAUGGAUGCGAUAAAAUACCCAAUUACCUCAACAUUUAA